UCAAUACUUGAAUAAGUUUUGUUAGUUUGGUGGUAUUUUUUUCUUCAUUCUUUUCUUUCAGGUGGAUUGACGAAAUCUUUUUUCCGAAAAAAAGAGGACAAUUAAAGUCAUUAAACUUGUAUACCCCACACAAAGGGCGUUGCUCAUAUUUGUAAAAAAACGUAUUAAAUUGUAAAUUUUUAAUAAAGAAAUUAGAGAAAUUCUAUUGAGGUGUUUGUGAAGAAAAAAGAAAAAUAUGGCUUUAAGACCACAACAUACCACAGCCAAUGAGUCUGAAUAUGAGACUUUGAUGCAACGUCUGCAUAUAAGUGGCAAUAGUAAUGUUAACAAUAGUGUGGCAACUAGCGCGUCGACACCAACAACAACACUAAAUGAUUCCCGACAAAGGAUCAAUCAUCAAAGGCAGCAGCAGCCCCAACAGCCUAACCCACAAAUGGGUGAAGAAUAUCGGAUGUAUGAACGUAAUAAUAUAAUAGCGGCUUCGAAAUAUGCCACACCUAAGCAAAUUGAACAAUUGCAUUUGCAGCAGCAGCAACAACAACAACAGCAGCAGCAACACUCAUCCCGUUUGAAUACGGAAAUGCCAUUGAAUGGCAUGAAUAGUGCUGGUGUUGGUGCUAAUGAUCAUUAUGAGCUCAAUGCAGCGAAACGUCAUUCACCGGUUUAUGAAAAUUUAGAUUUUUAUCAAAGUUCUUCGCCGGGGGUGGUAAGUGCUGCCGCAAAACACUUUGAUUCCAUAAAUAGACGUGCACAACCACAAAGUCCUGGUGCAAUGGGUCAACCUACACCCAUACAACGUGGUCACUAUAUGGUAAUGCCCUCUCAGCUACCACCUAAUGCUAAUGUUAUGUCCGGUGGUGGCGGUCUUGCUGGUAGUGGUGGUCAUGUCUUGAGAUAUGCUCACACACCAGUGCCCGAUCCGGAUUCGGCUCCUAUAUAUGAAAAUAUGCGCAUCAUUCCAAACUCAGGGCAAAGAGCCCAACCUCAGGCUUCACCAGCCACUGCCACUAUUUAUCAACAUCAUAAUAUUGAUGUUUUGUCCUCGUCGCAGCAUCACAGUAGUCUUACACCACGUGCUUUACAACAACAACAGCAGCAGCUGCAGCAACAACAUCAAUUGCAACAACAACAACAGCAGCAGCUGCAACAACAUCAACAAUUGCAACAACAACAUCAACAAUUGCAACAACAGCAGCAGCAACCACAACAAAAAUCUCAAAUAAUUUCUGAACAUUCCAGUGACUUGCACAAUAAUGGUACCAACAAUAUUAUAGAUCCAUUAGCUUCACCCAUGCAUCGUCGCAGUACUUCCAAUUCCUCAUUGAAAAAUGCUGCUGCUGGUUCAGGCAUUGUGGGUGUUAGUGGUUUACCACAAGCCGUUGGUGAGCCCAACUCACCCACACAACGUUAUCGUAAUCUCUCUUUACCCAGUCACAUGGGUAAUUCACCAGUAUCGCCCUCAAAAUCCUAUGCUAGUUCGGUAUCCAGUUCGAAUGAUUAUAAAUUAAAUCAACAUACUCCACUUAAAACUAUGCACCAUGCUGCCGGCAUUAAUGUAUCCGUCAAUCCAAAUUAUAUUGAAGAGAUCAAUAGUUCUGAUUAUGUUUGCAUGACAGCUAACAUAAACAAUACACCCAUACCGAAACUCCAAAAGCCUCUGCCAUCGUAUUGUGCUGAAAAUCCACAACAAAAGUCCAGUCUAGCGGCCGCUAUUGAAGCACGGAGAUUAUCACCUACCGGUUCGACAAAUAAUAGUAAAUUAUUUACACCCAUCCAAAAAGCCAAUAACAAUAAUAAUGCACAAGGGAAUAAUAGUGCUAUGUCACCAACGCCAUCACAAACCAGUAGUAAGGGCGGUUUAUCCAAACAUCUUUUGCCCUAUAGUGUUACACCACCACGUCCUUCCGGUCCUUCGGAGGCUCAACGCAAAAUUGAGGAAUUAACACGACAAAUUGAAGAAGAAAUCGAACAAAGCGAAGAACAAGGAGAAUACUUUGGUAUUUGUCAUACUUGUGGUGAAAAAGUUAAGGGUGCCGGUCAAGCUUGCCAGGCCAUGGGUAAUUUAUAUCAUACCAAUUGUUUCAUUUGCUGUUCCUGUGGUCGUGCUUUACGUGGCAAGGCAUUUUAUAAUGUUCAUGGUCGGGUUUAUUGUGAGGAGGAUUAUAUGUAUUCGGGUUUCCAACAAACAGCUGAAAAAUGUGCCAUUUGUGGUCACUUAAUAAUGGAAAUGAUUCUACAAGCUAUGGGCAAAUCAUAUCAUCCUGGCUGCUUCCGUUGCUGUAUUUGCAAUGAAUGUUUAGAUGGUGUUCCCUUCACCGUAGAUGUUGAUCAUAAAAUCUAUUGUGUUAAUGAUUAUCAUCGUAUGUUUGCACCAAAAUGUGCCAGUUGUGGCAAGGGUAUUACACCCGUCGAGGGUACCGAUGAGACGGUACGCGUGGUUUCCAUGGACAAAGAUUUUCAUGUCGAUUGUUAUAUUUGUGAAGAUUGUGGCAUGCAAUUGACCGAUGAACCGGAUAAACGUUGUUAUCCCUUGGAUGGUCGUCUAUUGUGUCGUUCCUGUAAUGCGCAACGUAUAUCAUUGCUAACAGCACCAAAUGCUGAAGAUCUGGAGCCAGUAUGUGCCUCCUAUCAAUAUAUGGGCUAAACAGUUUUUUUUAAAUUAGUUUAUCUUUAACACUCUUACACACACACAAACAUUCGCAAUACAUGUCGUUUUUAGUUUUUAUAUAAAAAUCUUAAACUUAUAAUACAAUAUUAUAUAAUUAUAUAAUAAUAUAAUAAUGGCUAUUCAUACUCGUCGUAUAUACUAUAUUAUAAAAUCUUAAUACGGUUAAACUAUACAAGCAGCUUAAGAAAAAUACAUACAUAUAAAAUA